AUGGGUUUCUCACGCUUGGUUAUGGGAGUAUCGUUAGCUUGGACGGCUCUUCAAAGUUUGCCCGUCGCUCUUGCAAUUCCUCAUUUCAUCAGCUUCGGAGACUCUUACAGCCAGACCGGCUUCGACAUCAACCUCUCCAAACCAUCUGCAUCCAAUCCAUUUGGAAACCCAGCCUACCCAGGCUACACCUCCUCAGGAGGCCCGAACUGGAUUGGCUAUCUCGUCACCACAUACAACUCCUCACUGCUGUACUCUUACAACUUUGCCUACGGCGGAGCAACAGUCAACGCCUCGCUGGUGAAACCCUACAAGCCUGAGGUAAAGAGCCUGAUCGACCAGGUCAAGCAAUUCAGCAGCAGCAGCCUCGCCACGAAUCCGCCCUGGACGCCAAAGGAGAGCUUGUUCGGUAUCUGGAUGGGUGUCAACGAUGUAGGAAAUUCGUACGGACAGAACGACUCUGUGCUUCUAGGUAAAAUCCUGGAUGAUUACUUCGGGCAGGUCGAGAUUUUGUAUCGGGCUGGCGCGAGGAAUUUCGUGUUCUUGAGCGUCCCACCGAUCAAUAAGUCCCCGCUGAUGCUGGGCCAGUCGAAGCAGGCACAAGAGCUGGAGGCCAAGUAUAUCGUACAGUUCAAUGACGCUUUGGCCAAUCGUACGGGGAGUUUCAAGGCUCGACAUGAGGACAGCAGGGCUGUGGUGGUAGACAGCCAGGCGCCGUUCAAUGCGGCAAUCAACGAUCCUAAGAAGUAUGGAAGCAAGGAUGCCACUUGUUUCAACUCUGACGGGAAGAGUUGUCUAUGGUUCAAUGAUUAUCAUCCAGGGCUGGCAAUUCACAAGCUAGUUGCUGAGGCGGUCGUAAGAGCUUGGAAUGGCCCUCCUUUCAAGGCCGUACGAGUAUAUUCUAGCUGA